AUGAGACUCCUCUGCAUAAUCCUCGCUAGCAUUGCUGCUACUGUCAUGGCAGACUGCGACCCGUCAGACUGCUGUUAUAAGAGUGAGAGGACUUGUGAGAGCCACGGGCGCCGCGAUGUCUAUUGCGCAAACAUGUUGAUUCGUAUGCAACAUUCACUGAUCACGAUUCCCACUUUUCGCUAUCCACAAACCCGUCGCGCCGUUUAUCGAGACUGA